AUAAUAAUAAUAAGCGACCAAAGACCGACGACGAUACCCCAGUUCUUUUUUCUGCUCUUGGUACAUCAAACGAAAACCAGGCCAACAAACUGGGAGAAUUCUGAUUCCGGUUUCCAACGACCGGCUCGAUAGCAUACGCGCCGUCGGGUAUCGUUUCUUGAUCGUGGAUUUUAAUGGAGAGUUAACUGUUAUUCAAUUCGGUAAUUGUUGAUUAAUCCGUCGAAAUCUCAAUGAGGGUCUGUGUUUCGGAGGAGGGAUCAGGUUCGGCUUUGGGAGCUUUUAUUUUAUUUUAUUUUAUUAUUUUUACAAUCUCUUUUUGGUGUGUGCUGGGUUUGGGAUUCUGUGAUGCUGGACUUCAGGGAAGGAUAGUGUGCUAGGGGGUGUUAGGGUUUUGGGGUUUGGGCAAGGAUUAAGGUUUGGGUGGGAUGGUGGAUAUGGAAGGGAUUACCGAGCUCGAGGAAGGCGAGGCUCUCUAUUUCAAGGAUGACGACGAUAAGAAAAUUGAUCCUGACAUUGCUCUUUCUUACAUUGAUGAGAAGAUUCAACAUGUUCUCGGCCAUUUUCUAAAAGAUUUUGAAGGCGGGGUUUCUGCUGAGAAUUUGGGGGCAAAGUUUGGUGCCUAUGGCUCAUUCUUACCUACCUAUGAACGCUCUCCUUCUAAGUGGUCUCGUCCAAAGAGUCCACAAAGAAACUACAGUGCACCUAGAUCUUCAAACGAUCUUCCCAUCAAGGGUGUCUCUCAGAAUUUGAAAGCUCCCUCGAAUAUAGUCCCAUAUUUGAGGCUUGGGACUGCUUCCUGUAGUGCCCAUCAAUUGCAUAAUUCAAGGGUUCCUUCUGCAGAUGUUUCCAUCAAACAAAGUCGAGUUGCCGAGAAGAGUCCCUCAAAAGAUGAAACAUUCAAUGGACCGGGCAAUCGAACCAAUCAAAGAACACUUAAAGUUCGAAUAAAAGUGGGUUAUGAUAACUCUGGACAGAAUAAUGCAGCAAUUUAUAGUGGUCUCGGACUUGAUUACUCUCCAUCUUCAUCAAUGGGGAACAGCCUGGAGGAUAGUGGAGGAACGUCACCCAUAUCUCAAGAGACUGUUGAUAAGUCUCCCACUAGCAUCAUCUGGGAAAUGACGUCCCUCCCCAUUCCUAGGGGUGUACUCAUAUCACCUCUUCAUGAUAGUCUGCUUUGCUUGAUGAGUAAUGAAAAAGUGGAUAGUGUAAGUAAACCCAUGCCACCCCUCAAAGGUCAUCAAGAACACUCUGCUUUGUUAUUAGAUGGGUCGAUUUCAAUGACAGGAAAUAAGAAAGUGUUAAAGGAAAAAGGAAUGAAAUCAGUGGGGAAAAGUGAAAGACUGGUAGAAUUGAAGCGUCGUAAUGGUACAGAUAUUGAGGAUGACACGACAUUAGAAAUGAAGAAAAUACCAGUGGAUGAAACCAUGGAAACAAAGGAGCUUUUCUCCGGUAAGUUGAAAUCCACACAGGUUUCCAAGUCAGCAUUUGAUGUUUGCGACUCUGUCAAACCAGCUGGUGGGGCUUCUGAAGUUUCAUGGGAGAGUAACGAGGAUGUUGGGAAAGAUAAAAUACUUUCCUCUGCAUUAGUGAAAGAGGAAUCUUCAGAGUCGAUAUCUGGCCAGGAGCGUGGCAAGAGUGAGAAGCGAAAUCCUAGGAGUGGUUUAGUGGAGAAAUUGAACGGAAAUAAAGUGGUAAGUUCUCACAGGGAUGUUUUAAUUAACUGUAAGGAUGAUGACAAUGGUCUGAUAAUUUCUACCUCCCUCAAAGGUUACACUGAUGAGGCCAAAUGUAUGGAAGAUCUAAAUCCUCGAAAGGAGAAGGUUGGCUGCAAAGCUAAAUUUCAUGAAGAUGAUGACGUUAAUGUUCCUAUUAAGACAGAAAGGUUGUCAUUUGAAGGCAACAACAAGUCAAAAGGCGCACAGAGUAACGGCAAGCGAGCAGCUGUUUCAACAAAGGAAAGCUUGAGUCUUCUUGCAAGUGUAGAACCACAUGAUAAAAAAAGUACUAGUUAUGGUGUUACUGACUUUAAUAGUAAAGUUCGAAGGAAAAAGUCACAGAAGGAUAAUAAGGGCAAAGAUGGUCUUGGAGAUUCAAUAUCGCCCAUAAAUUUGAAAGAGAUAGAUAAUCCAAUGGAUCCAGUGGGGAGGCCUUGUGGUGAUAGACCUAAAGAUGCUAAACUUGAUGAUUUUGAAAUUCAACAGAAUGUGUUCUUGGAUAAAAGAAAGGGAAGAUCAAGUAGUAAGAAAGUUGAUAAGCAGUCAGUAUCUGGGGCAUCUAACAAAAAUACUUCAGCAGUAUGUCCUAUUGCAAAAAAUGGACUCACUUCUGAGAUGGCACCAACAAUGGCAGUUCCCGUAGUUAUAGAAGAACAUUGGGUACAGUGUGACAGGUGUCAGAAGUGGAGGCUUCUUCCUUAUGGUACAAAGCCAGAGCAACUACCUGAUAAAUGGUUGUGUGGCAUGCUAAAUUGGCUGCAUGGUAUGAACCGAUGUGACAUUAGUGAGGAGGAGACAACAAAGGCCCUCAAUGCAUUGUAUCAUUUACCAGUUUCUGAGAAUCAGAACAACUUGCCAAAUCAUGUCACUGGAACUGCACUGGGAGCAGCCUUUGGUGAUGUUCAACAUCUUGAGGAGAGUCACCAGAAUUUGAGUUCCCAUGCUAUCUCUAAUCAAGUAAAGAAAAAACAUGGUUUCAAGGAAAGAGCAAAUGCAGUAACCAUUGGUGGCCACUACAAGAUCUCAAACUCUGCAAAGAAUAAGGUACAAGAAACAGUGAAAAGCAGGAGCUUAAAUGGCACAAACCAGCAUCACGUAGAACCAAAUCCAAUGAAGAGAUCUAGUUCUCAAGCUUUGAGUACAUUGCGUGACUUGGUUGUGGAAAAAGACAUGCUGAAUCAGAGAGAAAAGCCAAUUAAUGGAGCUGCAGGUGAUGUGAGAAAAAUAAAAAUGAAAAGCAAGAGGGAGACUGAUGAAUAUGGAUGUGGAACCUCUAAGAAAUCCAGGACAGAUGAUAUGCAUGCUGAUAAACAUCUGACAUCCAAAAUGGACCUUGGGAGGGUGCACAUCAAUUCAAGUACUGCAAUGCCAACUAUGGGAAGUGGAAAGGAUAUCCAUAAAUAUGAUGAAUUUUUAUCUGAAGACACAAAAUGUGAUGUCAAUGACAAGGUGCUAGAGUCUGUUAAGAAACUGGGAUACAAAGCACAGGUCUCAUCUGAUGGUGGGUCCUUGGGAAUGCGAGUGUCUAGCAAAAAAGAUGCGUCUGUGAAGAAAAGGAAAAUGAAGAAUCAGGAGUAUAAUGAAAAUGAGAUAGAUACAUUUCAAAAUUCUAUACCUGAUGGCAGGGUAUAUGAGAAAGAAGUAAGUAGUGAAAGUGGAUUCAGGAAGGACAAGAAGUUCAGAUUCUCAAAGAAUCAGGUGAAGGAGUCUAGCACUAGUGAUGCAGAUGAUAAGUCAAACAAAAAAGGUAAGAUGCCAGGAAUUAUCUUGUCAGACAUUAGAGAUCAUCCGGUUGGUUUGCAAGAAUCUAGGAGAAAUGAUAAGGACCAGCAGCUCCGGAAACAUAAAAAGAAGAUUGCGUUGGAACAGACUCAGAAAGUUGUGGAUUCAUUGAGGAGGGAUUUGGGAUCUGGACAGGUUUCAGUGGCAGCCAAUUCAAGCUCUUCAAAGGUUUCAGGAUCCUAUAGGACUAGAGCCAAUGUUGAAGACAUGAAAGGCUCUCCUGUGGAGUCAGUUUCAUCUUCUCCUUUGAAGUCCUCUAAUUUAGCAAGAGGGGACUUUGCAGACAAUGCUGGGAAAGAUGAUGCAAUGAAUACUGGUCUCCCUGGCACAGGUGAUUUCAGAAGAUGCUCAGAUGGGGACAGUAAUGCUGUGAUGAAUCUUGCUGGGACUGUGAUUCAUUCUGAAUCCUAUAAAGUUUCUGCACUAGAGUAUAUGAAUAGAGAUGCUAGUCACCAAUUCAGUGGUAAAGCCAAGCCUUUUUCUGACAUUGGGAAUAGCCAUUUGCUUAAUGGCACUGUUGAUAUUGUUGAGCAAAAUGUCCAGUUCCUCAAUGAUGUGCAUGCUCCAGAACAUAGCUAUGAUGAGGUUCAAGUGAAGAAGAACCACUGUGACAAUGCAGUUCUGCAGAAAUCUGGAAAGGAUACCCCCUCGCGAUCUAGGGGCAAGAGCAGCAGUUCCAUGUCUGAGUUUGAUAGAGAUAAGAUAAAUGUUUAUGAGACAACAGCUGAUGUUAAAGACAGUUCUCCCAAAAACCCUAGCAUUAAGUUUGCCAAGGACGAGAAGAAUCAUGUUAGUCACAGUAAUUCUUUAGGACAAUGGUCAGGUGAGAGUCGAAUUGACACCAAGUUAAAAGAAAAAGAGCAUGAUGGUUCAGAUAUGAAAAUGGAUGCUCCAUGUAGGAAAAAUGGGAAGCUUGGCCCUGAACAGAGCCUGAUUCAGGAUUUUGAGGGUGAAAGUAAAGCUGACUCGACAAAACGAGCACUAAGAAAUGGGAAAUCUAAGUUCUUGCUUUCUUAUGGUGAUGGUAAACUAGAAAAAAUAACCCUGGGUUGUGGACCUGUACCAGGACUCCAGAAAUUGGAUGUAUGUCCUGUUCGUGCACCUGGUGAUGUGUCAAAGGCAUUAAAAGAUUCGGGGAAUGUUGAUAACAAUGGAGUUGAACACAGUUUGGGACAUCAUCUGCCUGAUAGCCAAGGGGUUAGAGAUAUCAAUGCCUCAAGUCCUGUGAGAAUGAUUUCCUCCAGCCAGGCUGCUAUAAACACCCUGAAAGAAGCCAAAGUUCUUAGAGACACUGCAGAUCGUCUUAAGAGCUCUUGCUUUGGUUUUGAAAGUAAUGAGGCUUACUUCCAGGCUGCCUUAAAGUUUCUUCAAGGAGCUUCACUUCUAGAAACUUGCAAUGGUGAGAGUGGCAGAAAAGGGGAGAUGAACCCAAUCCAAGCAUAUGGCACUGCAGCUAAACUUUGCGAACUCUGUGCUCUUCAAUAUGAAACACGCCUAGAGAUGGCUGCUGCUGCUUUGGCCUACAAAUGCUUGGGGGUGGCAUACAUGAGGGUGGUUUAUUGUAAACAUUCUAGCAUAAGCAGAGAUCGGCAUGAUUUGCAAGCAACUUUACAAGUGGUUCCUCAAGGUGAAUCUCCAUCAUCUUCUGCUUCAGAUGUUGAUAACUUAAACAAUCAGACGACUGUGGAUAAGGGUAGUUUAUCUAAAAAUACUGCUUCUCAUGUUGCUGGAAACCAAACCAUUGCUGCUCGAAACCGCCCAAAUUUUGUUCGGCUGCUUGAAUUUACACAGGAUGCAGAGUCUGCUAUGGAGGCCUUUAGAAAAUCCCAUAAUGCAAUUGCAGCCACUAAUGUAAGCUUGGAAGAGGAACAAAUAAGGGAUUGUGUUACUUCUGUUAAGAGGGUCCUUGAUUUCAGCUUCCAAGAUGUAGAGGAACUAGUACGUUUGGUUCGGAUCGCAAUGGAGGCAAUAAGUCGUUCAAGUUUUAGUGGCGCGAGAGAAUAAGUGAACCCUAUAUAUAUAUUUUUUCCAGUUUGUUUCCAAUAGUGAGUGGGCAUCAGGAGAAAUAAGGGGAAAAAGAUGCAUACAUAGACCUGCCAUUGGAAACCUGCAAAGAGACAGGUUGCAGAAUGUUCAUUACCCCUCUGUACAUGUGUACAAAGUGAGAUUAGCAAAUUUUGUAACGUAUUUUUGAAUGUUCACCUAGUUCUUGACAUGGACAAGGGCAAGGCAUUCUCACCCUCAAGUUUCAUGGGUUGGGAAAAGAGGCAUGGAAUUGUUACUUGUUCGUUAACACAAUUUGGAGGUUAUGUAUUAGCCUGUUCUACAUAUUCUUUUGGCCCAUUGAUUGGAGCUUGAGGGGAAAAAAAUAUUUACAGAGAUAUGAAAUUGUAUAGGCAACCAUUUUGAGGAGGUUGAAUCCUGAUAUAGUGAUGGUCAGUCAAUUUUCUGUGAAGUACUUCAUUUUUAAUGUCAUUUGUCGAAAUUUAAGGGAACGGAAAUCCAAAGAAAUAAUAAGAAUCUGCGGGUGUUACUUCUUUAGCUUCCCGUUGAUUCUGUUGGAUCUGGUUAGUGGUUCACAUGUCAAUUAAUUUCCACUGCUAAGGGUGGUAUUGGUUUCUUUUGACAACAAUUGAGUAAAUAGAUGCUUGGAUGAGGACACAAAUAUUCCAGUUCUUGCUAGCAGUAGUCCUGCAUAGAUAUGUAAGAGCUCAAGCCAUAUUGUCUUUCUUUCUUGCAAUAAAUGUGGCAUUUAGGGAUUGGAACAAUGUAAGUUCCUACGAGGAACAGAUUGGAGGUACUUUUACCUUUAUUAAUUUGUCCUUUUCAGUUGAGAUAGAGUUUUGAUUUGUGUUCAAUCUUAUUCUCAUUAAUGUUAUGCUUACCUUUUUUUAUUAUCUUCGUACAAGAAAUCUAAUCUUACUUCUGUCGAGUGCUUCUCCUUCCCUAAUAUUCAGUUUUAAUUGAACCUGAUAUUAUGCAGUGGAAAUUCCCCAUCCUCCCCCCUCCCUCUUUUUUUUCUCCCUCUCUCUCUGCAAUCAAGUUUCCCCAUGAUUAGACAGCCCAGGCCAGUUAAGUUUCAGUGGCUUAAGUUUUUGAGAAAAUAAUGUCUGUCAACUUGAGUUACGUUUUUGCCACUAUUAUUAGCAAGUGUAGAGAAUUUUGUAUUGGAGAUGCAUGCCAACUAUUGAUGAAUAGAUAUUUUACCUACCUAUAUCUGUAGUGUCCACAACCAAGUUUACUCGUAAGAAAAAAGAUAUAUCUGUAAGGACCACAGCCGAGUCUUUGGUGUUAUGUGUGGAUAACAAAAAUGUAUUGAUAUAACUGCUACAAAGGAUUAUUAAUUGGGGGGUAUCAUUUCAUUGCAAGAUCUAUGAUUGAGGAGAAGAGUAAUGGAAAACUGAUCUUGGAAAUUCAGAGGUGACAGGAUGAGAGUGGGUUACAUAUUUUAUGCUUGGAUCAUUCUUCCAUGGUAACCCUGUUUCUGCUCUUCCCUAAGGACUUAUAAUUCUUAUUUCACACAAUGAUGUUCUGUGUGGGUGUGUUUUGUGAAGCACAACUGCUCCAUGUAGUUGUACAGAAGUAGCAACUCCUAGGAAUUUAGUGGUGGUGGUGUUCGGUUUUUCCUUUUCCUAGUUGCCUUUUUCUAUUAUUCGGACUAGCAAGUAUCUGGAAUAUGUUGGACUUGGUUCACAGUCUUGCUUAUAUUGCUGUUAUUAGUGUAGACAGAGUAUUGCACAUUCAGAAUCUUGCGAAGUGAUGGAAACAUUGACGAAGGUUUUGAUUUUACGUUUGUCAUAGAAUUGAAUUUCGUGAAUGUAUCUGUCCUGUGGUGAGGGGGAACAUCAUUGCUUCUCUUGCAGUUGGUUGUUCAGUAGCUGGUAGUUAAGCAGAAUCUAUGCAACGAAUAUGAUUGUUAAGCUGGCAGAAUGUUGGUUUUAGGUUAAUGAAUGGGUGCAUUGACUUGAUGACAAGCAGCUGCGAGUACCGAUGAACAGAUUUCACAUAGGCUCUCCCUGUUUCUAUCUAAAUUUCCACUCCUAUUUAUGUAUCAUUCGUUUCAGUAUAGAAUCUGUAGAUUGUAAUAAAAGCACAGCUCGAAGUGCAUUUCUGUUCUAAGAAGGCUAUGCACAAAAGCGGUUGAUGUAUAGUUUACAUGAUAAAAGAAUCAAAGCUUUUUUGGUCGCUAAAGCUUUUUCCU